AUGCAGAACGAGUUAUAUUUUGAAACACAUUACAACGUAACAUGGACAAAACUUUUAAGAAACUAUAGGCGAUGCGAUAAUGGCGACGACACACCCGAGUUUACCAAAAAUCCCAGUGUUAACCGGAAUAAUAAAAUAAUCAGAAGUGUUGCUCAGUGGCACAAUGGCAAUUUCAGACCGACAUACGUCAGCGCGACGUUUGCUUACACGUCGGUGGUGUUUGUGACAGGCACGUUAUCCUGGUGGGGACCAACCGCUAUUCAGCACUCGUAUGCCACGAAGGAGCAUCUCAAUAAUACCGAUCAGCUUAGUAACAGCCAAAAAAACAGCACUACAUUUUUGUUCGGUUUGAUAACAGUUGUUGGUGGUAUUGUGGGUGUUUUUCUUGGCACAGUACUGGCACAAGAGAAUCUUCUGUACCAAACAGACAGUUAUUUCCAGAAAAUUAAUUGA